AUUUUUCAACGGGUUAACUUGUUCAUAGCUCACAGCUCAGAAAUCAGAUCACGAAAGUAUCAUUUUCCCGAGAAAAAUUGACUUUUCAUUUUCGUAGAAAAUCUCACUUUUCUAUCCAAAUCCUUACGCAUUUGCAAUGGCAGUUUCGAGGAGUUAUACUCUGCAAUUCAUGAUAUUGUUCUCAUUCCUGUACCUAUCUUGUGAUUCCUUCUUGACUUCUCCAAGCUCCAUUAUCAAUCCUUCAAAAGUCAAACAAGUUUCUUGGAAACCUAGGGCUUUUGUCUAUGAAGGCUUCUUAACGGACCUCGAAUGCGAUCAUUUGAUAUCUAUCGCGAAAUUGGAGCUAAAGAGAUCUGCAGUUGCUGAUAAUGUUAGUGGAAAGAGCAAGCUUAGCGAAGUCCGUACUAGCUCGGGGAUGUUUAUUGCUAAAGCAAAGGAUCCUAUUGUUGAUGGUAUUGAGGAAAAGAUUUCAACAUGGACAUUCCUUCCCAAAGAAAAUGGGGAAGGCAUACAAGUUUUGAGAUAUGAGCAUGGGCAGAAAUACGAACCACACUACGAUUACUUUGUUGACAAGGUGAACAUUGCCAGGGGCGGACACCGCAUCGCCACCGUGCUGAUGUAUCUUACAAAUGUGACCAAAGGUGGAGAAACAGUGUUCCCCGAAGCAGAGGAGUCUCCCCUUCAUACAACUCCUGCAAAAGAUGAUCUCUCAGACUGUGCAAAGAAGGGAAUUGCAGUGAAACCAAAAAGAGGGGAUGCCCUUCUCUUCUUCAGUCUCUACCCUAAUGCUAUCCCCGACCCGAGCAGUCUGCAUGCCGGAUGCCCGGUAAUUGAAGGCGAGAAAUGGUCGGCAACAAAGUGGAUCCACGUCGAUUCGUUCGACAAGGAUUUGUCAGCGGGCGGUAACUGCACAGAUUUGAAUGAAAGCUGUGAGAGAUGGGCUGCUCUCGGUGAGUGUUCAAAGAACCCGGAAUACAUGAUCGGAUCUCCCGAGCUUCCUGGUUAUUGCAGAAGAAGUUGCAAAGUAUGUUAACCUUAUACUACAUGCUUCGAUCUUAUUUCGAUUCGUAUCGGAUACUGAAUUUUCCUCGUGUGGACUAUUUUGUUGAUUGUUUUUUUUUUGAUGGAUUAUUAACAAAUGUUAUUCAGUAGUUUCUCAUAAACAUAGUUGAAACUCAUGCAUUUUGUCUUUUGCCUGUCCGUUAACCGGAUUCGAUCUUAUUAGUUUGGUUAACGUGUUCUUUGUUGAA